CUGGUCCUGUCCUGGUAUCCACCUGGCAUGGCUGAUGAUAAUGGGGAACCUUCAGAUGACCUUGUGCCCGCCAUUCUGGACACUGCCCAUCAGUACAAUAUCCAGGUGGCCUUCCACAUCCAACCCUACAAGGGCCGGGAUGACGUCACUCUGCAUGACAACAUCAAGUACAUCAUUGACACGUAUGGCUCCCAUGGUGCAUUUUACCGCUAUAAGAACAGCAUGGGUAAGAGCCUCCCACUCUUUUAUAUUUAUGACUCAUACUUGACACCACCUGAGGCCUGGGCCCACCUCCUGACACCAAAUGGGCCCCAUUCAAUCCGCAACACACCCUAUGAUGGGGUCUUCAUAGCACUGCUGGUGGAGGAGGGCCACACCCACGACAUCCUGACUGCUGGAUUUGAUGGCAUGUAUACCUACUUUGCCUCCAAUGGUUUCUCCUUCGGCUCCUCCCAUCAGAACUGGAAAGCUGUGAAGAACUUUUGCGAUGCCAAUAACCUCAUGUUCAUUCCCAGUGUGGGGCCUGGCUACAUUGACACCAGCAUCCGGCCCUGGAACAACCACAAUACACGGAACAGGGUCAAUGGCAAGUACUAUGAGACAGCCCUGCAGGCAGCCCUGACAGUGAGGCCUGAGAUCGUCUCCAUCACCUCUUUCAAUGAGUGGCAUGAAGGUACCCAGAUUGAGAAGGCGAUUCCCAAGAAGACACCAACUCGUCUAUAUUUGGACUACCUGCCUCAUCAGCCCAGCCUGUACCUGGAGCUGACUCGCCGCUGGGCAGAGCACUUCAUCAAAGAGAAGGAGCAGUGGCUGAUGUGAGGGGCCUGCAAACAGGGGCAUGGUGCUGAUGUCCCAGCCUCACUGGCAGAUGUCACCAUGUGGGGCUCAGCUGAGGUUGUAGGCACUCGCUCAUCUUCAAGUCAGCAGCUGGGUGCUUCUGGGUGGGCCAUCAAGCCUGGGUCCAUGUUCCUCAGGCAAGUGGUGCUCGGGUGUUCUGCAGUGACAGGAAACUAGGCAGUGUUCCAGAGAGGGAACCAUAGAGGCUGGCAGGUGACUGGAAUUAGCCUGGGGCAGCUCUACAUCCUGUCAGAACACCUUAAAAUAAUCCCUUUUAGCUUUGAACUCAGCAGGUUGGUGUGGUGUAGUGGAGCUGACAAGUCACUGCUCUUAGAAAGGUGUCAGGGUUCUGGGCUAGCAUGCACCCUGCUCCCUUCUGCCAGCCUGCGUCAUCUCUUCAGGCCUCCUUCCUACAUUGUCUCGGAGUUCUCCAAGUUAGGAAACCAUAUUUGAGACUUUCUAAAAGGGAAAUUCUAUAGUUAAGCCCUUCCCAAUAGAUUCCUAACCCAAUUUUCAGGAAAUAAUCCUGAGCAUUCACAGUCAUUCAACACAGACUAACAGAGCACCUUACUAUGUGCGGGGUGCUGGGUGCAAAUGACCAGGAAUGGUUCCUGUCUUCCUGGUGCUUACAGGACCCAGCUUCCCUUAUUUGAUGUGGCCUUGUAGCUAGUGCUGGAGCACAGCUAUAGGUUUUUCCUUCUUUCAAUUUUACCCAGUGCUGGGAGUUCAGUUCUGUUUCUUUUAAGAAAAUACCUCUGUGCUCCAGAGCCUGUUUUCCCAGAUGAACAUUUAGCUCCAGGGAGAGGAUUAGGACACCCCCCUCCCUUUAGCUGCCUAAACUGAAUGAGGCCCAUUCACAAGGGCCAUUUUCAGUGCUACUGUGAUUUGUAUUAAUUAAAUGACAUGGUAUUCUCAAGUAAGCAUUCCUUUGCUCUUCAAUACUUCACAAAUUCUGACCCCUCAGAUCCUGACAAAUUGACGUUUGGGUUAGCUAAUGUUAGCACAGUAAAGAGUUGAGUUUGCUUAAGAAAUUAGUAGUUUAAACAGGACUUCUAGAGGGAAUAUUUAACAAACCACUGCUUCUUUAUAAAUAAACUAACAUGCUAAUUGCAGAGACCCUCAAAUCAGGCCCUGGAAUAUCUUCUUGGCAAGAUUCUUAGGAUCUACUUGAAAAUAUGUGUUGGAAACCACUGUACUAAGUAGUUUAUGGGCUCAAGACUGAAUCCCAAUUCUGGGAACUGGUGUGCAAGGGUGGAGGGGAGAUAGUGGGCCCUACUGGGCACUAAAGGACUCCCACCUGCAGUUAGGUAACUGAUACUAAACCCCACUGAUGGAUGGGGUAGGCCUGGUCACUUUACUUAUGACUUAGCUGGGGAAAACAAGGCAGGCAUGACAGGUGAAAAGGGCCAGAUAGUGACUUGUAGUAAUUUACAGAAGGGAGUAACACUGAGGCCCCAUUUCACAUAUACACAAUCUGAAAAAUACUACAAAUAUGGCAAUGCCCUAGGCAACAGGGGCAGCAAUUCUCACAUGUUGCUGAUCGCAAUGCAACCUGAUUCAGUUCUUGUUAAGGCUAAUCUGUAUCAAGAGCCAUAAAAAUGUUCAUAUACUUUGACCUAGUAAUCCUACUCUAAAGAAAUAAUUCAAAGAAAAAUAAACCAUUUACAAACA